ACACACACACACACACACACACACACACACACACACACAAAGGGAGAGCCUGUAGACUCUCACAGUCGACCCUGAACAGUGGUACACACAAGGACGUCCCAGCAUGGUCUCAUCCUGCCACUGAAACAAUUUUGGGAAUCUCGUCAUCCUAAAAUUGUUUUACCAUUCCCACCUCCCUGUGGCAUAGUAUAACUAGACUCAUGCUCGAUAGCUGACCUUAAAAUGAGGUACUGUAGUGUGUGUGCAGCGUGGCUAGUGGUGACCUUCUCCCUCGCCUCCCUCGCGAACUCGGAGAAUGUUCGCGACGAUCCUUUGCUUCCGAUCUGGAGGUACUUGGAUAAUUUUUCUGGUGACGUUGUCAAAACAGUCCGUCUGAAGGUGAAGUCGUACCUGCGGGCGACUCAUGACAACAUCGAAAGACAGUUCCAGACAUUCGUGAGCCGCAUCAAAACCAAGACGUCGCAGGUGCAAAACAACCUCAUCCACAACCUCUUUACUCAGAGGAUAAAACUUGCUCAGGUCGAGGAAUCACUGAAGGCAUCGCUCCGCCAGUUUUACGUCGAGAAGGUAAAGACGGAGUUGGAUUUGGCUGUUCCAGUUGUGGAGCAAAAACUUGAAAACGUGAUCAUGACACUGGAUCGCCAAAUGGCUGACACAUUGGCCCCGCAAGCCCCGGCGGCGGGUCCCUCUCAGGUAACCAGUUCCAGCCAGGAGACUUCGACACAGCCCCACGAUUUUACCGUACUGAACGAACUCAGCAACACUAUCACCGCCGUGCUAGACGAUAUCACAGACAAGCUCUCCUUGCUCAACGCAGGGGUCAAUGCUACCCGGAACGCCGUCGUGUCACUAGGCACCAAUUCAGGGGAAUCUAGUAGGGAAAAGGAUUAUGAGAGCAUCUGUGAGGAGCUAGCGGACGACGCAGAUCAGCUCAUCAUGGACACAGAGGAAUUUCGCGACAUCAUGGACUACUAUUCUUCGAUCGAGGAUAACGAACUGCCCCGCGACUGCUCUGACCAUCACUGGUACCACCCCGAGGCCCGGAGCGGCGUCUACACCAUCUACCCCACCAGGAACGCCCAGGCGCCCGUGCGCGUGUGGUGCGACAUGGACGAGUGCGGCGACGGCAGCGACGGCGGCUGGACCCUCCUUCUGCGGCGCCAGAACACCUCCUGGGGCCUCACGGACUUCAACAGGAGCUGGGUGGAGUACGCGAGCGGCUUCGGCAGGGCGGGCGAGGGCGAGUGGUGGCUGGGCCUCCGCUGGCUGCACGCCCUCACGUACGCGCAGCCCUACCAGGUGCGCUUCCUUAUGCGGGACAUGGGGCGGAGGAGGUUCAAGGCGGAGUACCUUACCUUCAGAGUGGAGGACGAGGCCGACAACUUCCGGCUGGUGGUUGACGGAUUUUCGGGCAACGUGAGUGACGCUUUCAAGGCGAAGCACGCCGGGCUCCCGUUCAGCACACCAGAUCGCGACAACGAUAACUGCAACACGUGCAGCUGCGCCGUCAAUAACCAAGGUGGCUGGUGGUACAACGUGUGCCACUGGACAACCCUCACAGCGCCAUUCCCGACGGCGAACGACCACUCACAGCGGGCCAUGAAGUGGCUGAGCGGCUCCUGGCUGGUCCUGGACGACGUUGCUAUGAAGAUUCGGCCGACUAGCUACGCCAAGGCAUUCUCUUCGUCGUCCAACAACUAGAAUCCUCUGCCGCCGUUGCUUGAAUGCUUCGUGGAGACCGAUUGCCACGCUCUCCGUAUCCUUCUCUUGACAGUUUCCUUAGCCUGUCUCAGUUGCACCUGGACACUACCUUUAAAGAGAUUUUUUACAAAAUAAACCUGAAACC